AUGCGUAGUGUAGCCGCUAGUCGCCGUGUGCGCGGAUCUCCUCCAGAUCGGGGCGCGCCUCGCAAUGCGCCGCGCCCUGUGCGCGGAUCUCCAGAAGGGUGCGCGGCGGCUCUGUUCCUGAGGCGCCUCGAAAGCAGUCGCCGUGUGCGCGGACCUUCCCCAGCUCGGUGCGCGGCUCGCGAUGCCUCGCGGCGCCAUGUGCUCGAGUUGCGGCUCGUGGCGAUCGCCAUUGCAGCCGUGGUCCUAGGCCAUGCAUCUAGUUCACGACGUAACCCCCCUCCUCCUCCCCUCCCCCCUCGCCGUUGCCUCUGGUGCUCUCUCAUACGGUCAUACUCUGAGUACUUACUUUCCUCCUUGACCCCCCGCGCUCCCCCCCGUGCUCCCCCCCGUGCUCCCCCCCGUGCUCCCCCCCGUGCUCCCCCCUGUGCUCCCCCCCGUGCUCCCCCCUGUGUUCCCCCCCGUGUUCCCCCCCGUGCUCCCCCUGUGCUCCCCCCCGUGCUCCCCCCCGUGCUCCCCCCCGUGCUCCCCCCUGUGCUCCCCCCUGUGCUCCCCCCUGUGCUCCCCCCUGUGCUCCCCCCUGUGCUUCCCCCUGUGCUCCCCCCUGUGCUCCCCCCUGUGCUCCCCCCUGUGCUCCCCCCUGUGCUCCCCCCUGUGCUUCCCCCUGUGCUCCCCCCUGUGCUCCCCCCUGUGCUCCCCCCUGUGCUCCCUCUUUCCGUGUGCUCUCUUGGCCCACGUUGCCUGCAUGCUGCAGCAGGUGGAGUAGGAGGAGGAGCAAGUGGGGCGUUGGGGGGGAAGAGACAGCUGCAGUACCAGCAGCAGCGGCAGCAGCACAAGGAGCAAGGGUGGAUGGAUGGGUGGGAUGUGGAAGGGUGCUGCGUGGGAGAAGACAUGGCAGCAGCUGGGAAGGACAUGGCAGCCGCCAUUAUCCCAUGCACAGCAGAAUCAACACAGGGAGUUGAUCGAGACUCGCUCACACAUUCUCCCUCCGCGUCCCUGCCACGUGUCGCUCUCCUUUUAGAUAGCAGCAGCUCCCGCUUACCUGCUGACGUGGCAGCACAUAUGGCGGCAGCAGUGGCAGCAGUGGAAGCAGAAGUGCAAGAAGCUCUCUGGGAGGUGCAGGAGCAGGGCGAGGGACGGUGGAAAGGGAAUGGGCAGGGGAAAGGAAGAUGGAAGGGAGAUGAGGAAGCAGAGGAAGGAAAGGAUAGUGAGGUAUGGAAGGAGAGUGGGGACGUAGGGGACGGAGUAGCAUCAUCUGCUGCUCUAAUCCAAGCUUCCUUUGCCUUACCCACGCCCCAUCCUCGCACUCUCCUUCGCCUCCUCGCCGCUCCUCCCCCUUUUCCCUCUCCUCCUCCUCCUCCUCCUCCUCCUCCUCCUCCUCCUCCUCCUCCUCCUCCUCCUCCUCCUCCUCCUCCUCCUCCUCCUCCUCCUCCUCCUCCUCCUCCUCCUCCUCCUCCUCGUUCUCCCCCUCCUCCACCUCCUCUACCCACCCCCACUCCUCUCCACUCCCUUUUUCCAUCAAGCUCAGCAGCGCCCUUCUCAUCGGGUGUCUUCCACACUGCACUCUCCUGCCCGUCAGGGAAUACCUCUGGCCUGCUCGUGUCCUUUGGGAUAUCUAACACAGGCAGCACGGGGCCAGCAGCGGGUGUGACGUUUGACAUGGUGGGCAGCAACAAGCAAAUGCUGCUCGCCACUCUGCACCGCAGCGGCAAGGCCUUUCCGACACAAGUGUCCCUCCCCUCGGCCUGUGACUCUGUUCCUGCCCGCCUCUCCCUCUACUGGGACGCGCACUAUGUCUCCUGGUACGUGAACCGCCAGUUGGUGCGCUACUUACCUCGGUCCUCCUCGCCUCUGCGCUUCCCCGCUGUGCCUCUGAUUCUCUUCGGCACCAUAAAGGCUGCUGCGCUCACCAACCUGGGGGCCUGGGCAGGCAAGAUGAGCAGAGACCCGCUGCCCAAGACAGCCAUGUGGACGGGUGUUGCCUCCAUCACACCACUCAUGGCUAGGCUAGGCGCCCCUCCCCCUCCAACCCCCCUGCCUGCUGUAAAAUGGCCGGCGGCUCUGGGCCCAGUGGUGGGGCCUCUGGCCGUGGACUACUGCAGCGAGCACUGCUUGGGCUGCGAGGGGGCUACCACGGGCAUGGCAACUAUUCGAUUCGACAACAAGUGCGGCUCGCGCUUCCGGUCACCGCAGCCCUUUGCGUUUGGCUUCUUCUCAGUCGACUUCAAGUGCCCCUCCGGCCUCACCAGUGGCCUCGUCUCCAGCUUCUAUCUAUCGACGCAGGAGGGCAGCAGGAGGCAGGACGAGAUCGACUUUGAGUGGCUGGGCAAGAGCAACGCGCACGUGCAGACCAACUACUAUGUCUCAGGUGUGGGCCACCACGAGGGCUGGCACACCCUCGGCUUCGACUGCUCCAAGGCGUUCCACAACUACGCCAUCCUCUGGACCGCUGCCCGCAUCGUGUGGUUUAUUGACAGAGUCCCCAUACGAGAGGGCAGCCCCCGCUACCGGCUUCCACUUCCCCCGUCCGCCAGUCUCUUCCCUUUCAUAUUCCCCCUCCAUGCCCCAAUUCUCCCCCCCCCCAAGAUCACUUUUCCCCGUCAAUCUCCCCCGUUACUCUCCCCCACCACCCGACACUCUCCCCCGCCGUUCACCUUGGUUCCUCUCUCCCAGCAGCACUCCAUCCAUCCUUGCUCCGCCCUCUGCCUGCUGCUCCCUCUCCCUUUCGGUCCCUUACUCUCCCCUCCCCCAACCCCCCUGUCCCACCCAGUCCAACCCAACCCUUGCCUCGUUGAGAGCCUCCCUCACCAUCCGUUGCCCUCCGCAACGUCUAUUUCGACUUUUUUACAAUCGAUGUCCGAUCAGGGGAUGGUGAGCGAGUCCCCCAUUCGAAGAACAGCGUUUGCUGCCGUCAUGGAAGCGGAGGCACCAGAGAAGCUGGUGGCACGGGUUGGACGGAGUCAUCAAAGAUAUGCGGAAGGGGUUCGUCUCGUUGCUGGGUGCAUUCCCUUCCGCGUUCUUAACGAGGAUCAGGACGGCAGACAAACAACAGAGCAGCUUCAAGUUCUAAUGAUCACAUCGCAACAUGGCGAAGGCUUAAUAUUUCCAAAGGGAGGCUGGGAGACGGAUGAGACUGCUGAACAGGCUGCGUGCCGAGAAGCUAUGGAAGAAGCUGGGGUUCGAGGGAUUAUACAGGGCAGAAUAGGUUCGUGGAUGUUUAAGAGCAAGCGAUUACGCACGGCGGAGUGUAAAGACGGCGAGUGCUGUGCGCACAUGUUCAGCCUUGCCGUGACCGAGCUGCUCACUGUCUGGCCCGAAAUGAGCCGCCGUAGCCGUCACUGGGUGUCAAUACCAGAGGCCAUACAGCGGUGUAGGCAUGAUUGGAUGAGGGAUGCUCUGAGGCAGUGGUGUGACCAGCAGCAGCCAGUUUUUAAGCUUCCACCUGCCUGA